CAUAUGAUUAGUGAACCGGAAGUUGAGUUAUGGACCUUUGCAUCCACAGUGCUGUGACUAUUUGUUGAGCACGAGUUGAUUAAUCUGAUGUUUUUUUAUUCCCCGGGAAAGCGGUUUACUUACUUAUUUGAUAGAAUAUGGGAUUACAGGGCUGUUUAAGGGGAGACUCCAUUUAUGGCGCAUUUGAUGUGUGGUAAAGUCGAGAACGCAUCGAUUUGAUUUGGACGCGGUUAACUUCGCCAUGGCUCAAAGAGCUGCGCACCUCACCACCGUCGUCGCAGAUCUGGACGACAGACCAUCAAUAUUUGAGGUUAUUGCCCAGGAAAGCCUCAUGGAAACUGUCAGACCAGCCUUGGAACACGCCAUUAAGGUCCUUGUGGAUGCCAACCCAGCCCGCUAUUGUUUCUUAUGGAAAUGGUUUGAUGAGAUCUAUACCGUGUUAAACCUCUUACUUCAGCAUCACUUUCUUUCCCAAGCAAGUGCUUCCUUUGCAGAAAACUUUUAUGGCAUGAAACGCAUGUCCUUAAGACGACCUUUGGUUUCUCAACCACCUGCCAGCCAGGGCCUUCCAAAAAAACAGCACUUGUAUUCCCUUCUUCUCCUAGUACUGUUUCCCUACAUACGGACAAAACUGGAAAAGUUUGCAUCUAGGCUAAGGGAAGAAGAUGACUAUGCUAUUCACCUCUCCGCCUCACCUAAGAAGAAGUUUUACAAGGCUUUUCUUGCAGCGUACCCCUUUGUCAGCAUGACUUGGGAGGGUUGGAUAUUCUCCCAGCAGUUGCUGUAUGUAUUUGGUAGGACUAAACAUCAUUCACCUCUUCUUAAGUUGGCUGGAGUGCGCCUUGCAUACCUCACAGCAGAUGAUAUCCGUGCACUUGAAAGUGUUCCUCCAAGUCCUGGAUCAGGUUUACAUCAAAGCUGUUCAGAGAAACUGAAGCUUUUUCUGAAUCAGACCAUUGGUAAAGUUGCCUCGUCUCUCUCAACGGGCCUCUCGGUUGGCGUCUUCUUCAUGCAGUUUCUCAGCUGGUGGUACUCCUCUGAAAACCAGGACACAAUUAAAUCAUUAACUUCUCUCCCAACCCCCCCUCCUCCUGUACAUUUGGAUCAACAAAAUAGUCCCUUAGAUGUACACGGGCAGAUGCCCCUUUGCCCUCUUUGUCAUAAGUUUUGCUCAAACGAUACCGCUUUGGCGACCUCUGGUUAUGUGUUCUGCUACCGCUGUGUUUAUACAUAUGUGAAACUUCAUCAGAGGUGUCCGCUGACUGGAUAUCCUACUGAACUCCAGCACCUUAUUAAGCUUUACUGCCCAGAGAGCGCAUCAGACCACUGAUAGUUUUAAAGUGAUUACUUCUGACAACCUUCAAUCCACCAGAUUCAUUUGGGAGCUGCCUUUUCCAUUACAGGUUAGAUAGCACAUAACCUUUUAUAAAAAUACAUUUUGAUAUAGGUAUCAGUUCAUAAUCCCUCAUCCUAAUUGAUUAUUGAGGUUUUGAUGGCUUAUUUUUCCACAACCCCAUUACAGAAUUCCGUAAGUACAAUUAAGUUAAUAUAGUCUUUAUUGACAGCUUUUGUAUGGAUGAUAUAAUAAAGCCUUCAUUUCAACCAUUAGUGAUUGUCUAAUGUAUUCUGAAAUAAGUCAUACUGGGAAAUGCUGUAGCGUCUAAAACUGAAAUAUCUAUCAAAAUGUCUGUGUUUAAUUGCAAUUAAUGUAAUCUUAUUCUUACAUAUUACCAGGUAACAUGAUAGUCUACUACUUAAUUUGAUAUAAAAUUCCAAUUCAUAAUUAUUUUUGGUAAUUUGCCCAUUAAUAUUUUAUGUUAAACCUGCAUUGUUAGUAUAACCUCACAUGUAGAUUUCUGUUGUGUUGUAAUCAUUAUUUCAUAAAGAGGUUGGCCUCAAUGAAAAUCUGCUGCCACUGUGGCCCCCCUUACCAAGUUCAGUAACUCUGAUUUAUUAUGCAAACCUCAGAAAAAUAACAUAGUAGCAGGUAAUAUUGCUCCUUCAGUAUGCCUAAACUUCCUUUCAUUUUCAGGAUGGGGUCACCUCAGUGUGGAGUUUUCAUAUUCUUUCUUUUACCUCCAAGGACCUCGGUGACCUCUCACUGUCCAGCUCUUCAGAGACACAAAGUUGGGUGGGCAAGCGUAUUUACAUUUCCUUGGGGUGUGUGGUGCGUCAUCCAGGGAUGUUUUCAGAUACUUGUAGGCUUCAGCUGCAUAGCUUUUAAAUUUAAAGUUAUGUUAAAUGUCUGUUUUCGGAAUCGUGGUAUAUUUUUUCUCAGACUGUAAACUAACUCAUACUGUAAUUAAAAAAUAUUUUUUUUGCUUUG